CGCAGGCGCUGCGCGCUGGGGCUGCGCAUCUCCACUCGGCGUCCGCCUCGCUGGCCCCCAGGUGAGAGCCCGUGGUGCCGAGGGACCCGUUCCGGACACUGUACCUGUCCUGCGCUCACCCGACUGAGCACCCGCCUCGCGGGCGCUGCUCUAGUCCGGGCGGGUCCGCAGAUUCACGAUGGAAGAACCACAGGAGAUUUCCUCCACCGACGGUGGCUGUGCAGGUGAUAUCGUCAUAGAAAAAUUCCUGGUUGAGUCCAAGAUGCCCACGCCCCCCGCGCAGCUGGCGUGCGGCAGGCAGCACUGCGCUUUCCCCCUCCAUGGAAAUGAGCUUUGCGUCUGGACGGCGGAGGACCCUUCUCAGCAGCUUCUGGUCCUGAGAGGACACCAUCAGCCCAUUUCUGCCGUGGCGUUCGGAAACGCAGCGGCUCCACUUCUGAUGUGUUCUGCCUCACCGGAUUAUGUCAUAAUGUGGAGCCUGGAUGAGUGCAGAGAGAACGUUCUUGAAGGGCUGAGUCCUCGAGGGACCGUCCUGGGCGUCCUGCUGGGAAAGGUGCUGUGUUUAAGGUUUAGCCCAGACGACCGUGUCAUUGCCGUGUGCGCUGGAAGCAAGAUACUCGUGCUGGACUCUGAGAGUCGGUCUACACUCGCAGCGCUGGAGGGGCACCAGGGCCCCGUGACUGCAGCUGAGUUUUGUGCUUGGCAGGCUCAUGUCAUCAUCUCAGUGUCUGAGGACAGAAGCUUUAAGGUUUGGGACCAUCAUGUGGGAUCGUUGAUCUACAGCUCACCAGUGUUAGCAGCGUCCCCUCUGCUCAGUCUCGCCAUCAACGAGGGAAGCGAGCAGCUGGUCACUGGCUGCGCAGAGGGACAGCUCUGCAUCUUCAGUUUGGUUGACGGACAUCAUUAUCGUUGUGUGACCCGUGUUGACCUCAGGAAAAAGAGAGAGAGUUUCUCCACCAGGAGGCUCGAGCCCAACCCCGGCAGCCUGCCAGCAGAGAGUCAGCUUUCGUCUGCAAAUGAGCUGGGAAAAGGGGACGAGGCUGAAGCGACACUCCCUGUCCUGGGCCUGGCACGCUGUGACCUUGCACUUGGCCUCAGCUCUGAGUGUGGCCUCGUUUCUUCUGGGAAAACCAGCUGCUUGUGGAUCGGAAGCUCUGCCGGUUUAUUCAUAUUUAACUUGGCAAACUUUGAAUUGGAAGCUGUCUUACAUUACAAAGAUUUCAGGAACCUGAGCAUUCAGGUCGCUGGAUCCUGUGCCGUGAUGAGCAAAACCAGUGACGAGAAGGCCUUCUGCGUCCUCACCUCCAUGUUCGGGAACAGGAUUGCCGGGCUGGAGGUCAACCUCGCCGCUCUGCUGAGGCGUCAGCGGCACCCCGCCCUGGGGACGCGGCUCUCAGUGCUGCCCAGCUCCUGUGUGUUACCAACCUCUCCGCUGCAUUUUGGAACUGUUAAGGGAAGCAGUGCUGAGCCGGCUUGUCGCAAACAGUCUGCUGCACGGAGCGCCGUCAAGGACCAGGCCCUGGUUUUCCACAGCAAGGUCAGGUCAUCUGGGUACGCGUCCGCACCGCAUGCAACUAUGUUUUCACCAAAGACCAACAUCAAGAACGAUUGUAAAAGAGCCUCAGAACGCAAGAACAGGUACAAAUGGAAGGACAGCCCCGCGCAGAAUCCUCUGCCGACCAGACUCAGCCGGCGGCUUGCUGUGGCCGAGGGCCGGGCGGCCGUGCGCUGCGUCCAGUUCUCAGGAGAUGGAAAGCGGCUGGCCUGUGGCUCAGCCAACCACUUGGCACUGGCCUUUGAUGCCGAUCUUACUGGGACACCUGCUGUUUUUACAGGUCACGACGGGGCAGUGAACUCCGUGUGCUGGAGCCAUGACGGGAGGUGGCUGCUGUCGGCCUCGCAGGAUGGGACGCUGAGGGUGUGGUCGGCUCGCAGGACGGAAGCGGUGCUGUGUCUGGGCAAGGACGUGUUUCCCAAGCCUGUUCAAGCCGCACAGUUUUAUUACAUCGACACCUUCAUAUUGUUGUCGUCGGGCCCUGCGGUCCAGCUGCUCACCUAUCACAUCGACGCUCGCCAAGACGACAUGCGUCGAUACAAGCCGAGGGGCAGAUGCAGGGCUGUUGUCAAGCUUCCCAUGACGGGUGCGGCUGAGGUCACCAGCCUGUCCGCGACGAACGACUUUUAUUCCUACCUCGUGCUGACUGCCGGCCGGAACCGGACUUUGGAAGUUUUUGACCUCAACGUGGGGUGCAGUGCGGCUGUGAUCGUGGGAGCCCAUUCACGGCCUGUCCACCAAAUUUGUCAAAAUAAAGGAUCGUCAUUCACAACCCAACCAUCUCAGCUCUAUAACCUUUUCGCAACCAGAGCCAUCGGUGACGGAAUCCGACUGUGGGACUUGAGAACCCUGAGGUGUGAGCGUCGUUUCGAGGGUCAUUUGAACCGCUGCUACCCAUGUGGAAUUGCCUUCAGCCCUUGUGGACGAUAUGUGGCGUGUGGUGCCGAGGACAGACACGCGUAUGUGUAUGAAAUGGGCUCAAGCACUUUUUGUCACAGGCUGUCAGGACACACGGACACGGUCACUGGAGUGGCCUUCAGCCCGUCAGCCCCCCAGCUUCAAUUCGGAGAAUUACGCAGCUGUGUGAUUAUGUGCUGUCACCCGCCGUGAGCGUGCAAACGAGUGGGGCCAUACUGUGGACGCUGUUUGUUAACCGGCUCCGCUUCACUAAGAAUGGACUGUGUGUCCAGGGCAUGUUACAGGGCCUGGGACACAGUUUGCCUUCCUUUUGUGUUGAAUGUUGAAAAAUGGAUGAAGCUUGUCACGUCACCAACCACAGAGCUCCCGUCGGUGUUACUUGAAGGCUUCAUCGCACCGCAGUCCAUCGACCCUCAUUUAGCUUUUCAGUCUACUGCUGAUUUAGGUCAUCCCUUUUUUAAUCCUUUGAAUAAUACACUGCCACCGAGGCUGAGGGGGCCGGGGAUGAGGGUCAGAAGAGAAGAGCAAAGCCAAAGACCGGUGAGGUGUGCCGUGGCGAUCUGGGUGUACGAUUUUUUUAAGUGAAAUAUUGAUGUAAGUUUUUGAAAAUUGAAUACUGGCGUCAACAUGUCUUAGCAUAAUUGAACUGAGAACUUUUUUGAAUCCUUGCCAGUUUUCAAUUAGGAAAUGUUAUGUAGGUCUCUGUUGCCAUGGAUGUUAUUUUAACAACUAAAAGAAGCAAACACCUAAAUGUAGUUAUGGAAAAGCAAGGGAGGAAACAGCAGCUGUUCAUCUCAUGGACAUUGAUUGUUGAUGAGGUGCUGGUAAAAAAUGGAUGGACAGUUUGAGAAGUCAGAACUUAAGUGAAUAUUUUCAAACAUUAGUACAGUCGGCCACGCUUCAUGUGUGUAAAAUUGUUACUGGAUUUUAGGAAUGAUGAUAAAAUAAUCCAGUGCUUAUUGUCCGAAAGUUUUGCAUUUUGUCUGGUCAUGGUUAUCAGAAAGAUCUCUGUGAAAUAGCGUACUUCUCAAUAAUCCACCCCCGAUAUGUUUAAAAGUCUUUGUUGUUUAGUGCCUUAUUUAUUUUACAUGUGAUCCCUUCACUAACAUUUCUGAUAUUGGAGUAAACCUUAGAAUCCUCAUGCUUCCUAUUUCAAGUAGUGUGUUUUCUUCUGUUUUAUUAGCUCAUGGAACACCAGAACACCGUACACCUAAUGUUGUUUAAAAUUGUGUCCAUACAAUAAAAUACCCAACUCCAGCUUCUGUGUUAAAAUAUUUAUGGAAUGAUACAUUGAAACAAUAAUUUGGACUUUUUACUUAUAGAAAAAGCCCCUCUGAUUUCCAGCCCAGGGACGUUAACAUCACAGUGUGUGUUUAGGCGUCGGGGAUGGCUUCGUGUUCCCUGGGAAAACGGGUGAUUAGAGCCACAGGCUCCGGUCCGUCUCUCGACAGACGGGGUCCCAUUCCACAGGGUGGCGGGGGGAGCCUGUGGCCUGGAAUGGAGACGCUUUCCUCGGCGCAGGCAGGAGAUAAAAGGUGUGCAGAGGGCUGGGCGUAUCGUAGGCACCUUGGAAAUGCUCUUUUCUCCACGGAGGGGACGAAACAGGUGACAGGCUAGGUUUACUGCCACGGC